AUGACGGACAAGUCAGGCUCUCGGCCCCUUCCAAUAAUUUACAUCAAUGGCUUUCCAGGAACGGGCAAGCUCACCAUCGCUCAGAUUAUCUCAGGCGACAGCUCUAGAAUGCUAAAGCUCGUGCACAACCACCUCCUCAUCAACCCAGUAGAAGCCGUGUUACAAAGGGAACAGCCAGGUUAUCAUACUCUCCGUCGCAGAAUCCGCUCAGCAGUCUUCGACUCGCUGAUACACGAGCGAGCCACCCAUGCAAGCGCUUACAUCUUUACGGACGCACAAACUGAUUUUGAAAACGGUCCUGCGGUUUGUCAAGAAUACGAGCGGUGCGCCUCUGAAAGAGGCUGCGACUUCGUUCCGAUAAUACUGCAUUGCGACGAGGAAACCAACCUGCAAAGGCUCGUUGAAAGUGACAGGGCAGCCCAGGGCAAGCUCAUAGACGCAGAGCUGCUGAAGAAGUUUCGCGCGGGACCAGACCUCUAUGGAUUUGACAACAACCCGUCUCAACUCCGUCUAGACGUGUCGAAUCUUUCGCCGGAAGCAGCAGCAGCAGAAAUCCUGUCUCACCUAUCGAAAGUCUGUCCUGAGCUCAAAGAGCAUUAUCAGAAACCGAAAAGUACACAAAGUUAG